AUGGCGCUGUUUGUCCCAAGAUCUCUUUCGGCGUCUGCAGAGAGCGACCCUUGGAUCUACGUCGACCGGCGCAGCAGGCGAAAGGCGCGCGUUUCUUCGGCUUGCUCGCAAGUGCCAGACGCGGUGGAGGCGGCCGCGAAGGCUGCAAGGAGCGGCAGGGCAUUCUCCGCGCCGAAGGAGUUUGCUCCCUCGUCUGUCACUAGCAGCAUCGAAGAGGAGCCCUGCGAGCAUGCAGCCGCCACCCACCUCCGACGCGGGGCGGGGAGAAGCGCGCGGCGGCAAGGGAGGGGAGACGCGGCCCUGAGCUGCGAAGCCGUGGAGCAGAAGAUUCACGCGAGCAUCCUGGCGUGCGCGGAGGAAGUUGAGAGAUCGGAGUUCUGGCAAUCCUGCGAGGCGACGCUGCUGGCGGCGAUGGACGAGCUCCGCGGCGCCUCCGUCCACCCCUGCGACGCGCAUAUGCCUCACCCGCUCGCUAGCCCGCUCUCUCCAACUCUCGAAGCUGAACACUCAUCGUCAUCCGCCCCCUCAGCCGCCCUCGCUGUCUCUUCUUCCGCAGUCUCUGAAGGCUUCUCGCCCUGUCGCGCCGCGGCAUGCUGCGACGCUCACGCGCCGAGCGACCGGCUGCGCGUGUCUGGUGGAUCUGAGACGAGCGGAAGCCACGCGGUGCCUGUCAAUCUCCCGGCGGGUUCUGCACCUUGCGAUUCUCAAGAGAGCGCGCGUCGCGCUCGCGGCCGUGGCGCAGAAGGCUCGUUGCCGCGGAGCGCGGGCGGCGCCCUACAGACUUCGGGCGCGGUACUGGAGCCCUGUCUCCGUCUGCGGUCCUGUGCACUGGUCUGUCUGGGCCUUGGGAGCCCCACGGAAUGCAGCGACACCGCGAGCUGUCGCUACCAGCUCGGGCUGGCGCUGCUGCUUCAGCGGCGCUUCGGCAUCUCGCCUUCCCGCUGCUUUGUCGCGGACCCCGCCAUGUGCGAGGUCGACUUCGCGAUUCUGCAGAGACUCGGAUUCUCACCGCAGGCCUCCACGGACGGCUCCACGCUCCCUGCCGCCCUUCGUCCUGCUUCCGCCUCUUCUUCGCCCCUCGCGUGCCCCUGCGCGGCACCGCUCCGAGUCUCCGCGCCUGCCGCCUCCGCGGCUGCUUCCUCUGCAGCCGCGAACGCGACUUCGUCUCCCUGCGAGGCGGCCGCCACUCCUGCGGCUGCGCACGCAGCGCCCGCGACUUCUUCCUCUUCUGUCUCUCCGACUGUCGCUUCCUCCCUGAGCCUGCAUGUGCGAGAGGGCGAUUUCGCGUCUUGGACGGCGGACGACGCGUUUGUGAUUUACCUGCUUCCGCACUGCGACGCAGACCUCUACGGCAAGUUGCUGAGCGACGUGUUUCGCCUCUCGCCAUUCUGUGCCCGCUGUCGGGAGCCCGGCUGUGCCUCCUGCGGCCGCUGUCUCCUCCGCUGCGACGGACGCGGCGCCCCACGCCCCGAGGAAAGAGACGCGUGCGGCGGCGGCCGCGAAGGACCGGGCGAGGCCGGAGCACGCGGAGGCAGGAGAAGCGGCGAGACGUGCGAGCGACGCGUAGAUGCGGCGCCAAGCGCAGAGAGCGCGCGUUUCAAAGAUGGCGUCGGCGCUCGGCAGGCGUCACGCGAUGCUCAUGUCGCCGCGUGUGGCGCAAGGCGUCUGCGCGACGAGGAGGCGAGGCUGCGGCGCGCGAAUUGUAUUUUCCGCACGAGUGCCCAGUCUUUUCUCCUCAUUGGAAACGCGUUCAGCUCCUACGACAUGCGGCGCGCUCGCUUCGCACCCUUUGACUUCUCCGCGCACGUCCCUGCUUCUUCCCCCUCCUCACCUUCGUCUCCUCUCUCCCCUUCGGCCGCUCUGUCUGCUUCUUUCUCGCCUUCCUCGGCUUCUUCGGCGUCGCUGGCGCUCGCUGAGGCUGCUUCGCCGCGGUCAGGCCUGCUGGCGCCGAGCCGCGCUGCGCAUCUCUUGUUUUACUUCUCAGAGUUUCUGCGGGAGCGGCCGCUGUCGGGCGACUUCGCGCCCCACCCGCGGGCCUUCAACGACCUGGCGGUCGCGCACGCAGACCUGGGCAGAUUUCCCGCCUCCUGCGCAGGUUUCUGGGCCCACGUGCAGCAGAGACAGCGCGCGGAGGCGGCGACGCAAGGAAAGAACCGGGUGAAGCGCCGCGGCGAGCGCGCGCUUCAAGCCUGA